CAUGUUAAGAAGGAAUGAUUUAUCUCUACCAGAAACUUCUCUUCCUGCUUCAAUCUCAGCUGAUAAUGGAGUUAUUACUACUUUGUAUUGUGCUACAAGUCCAGAAAUCGAUGAGAAAAAUUAUCGUGGAAAGUAUUUUGAACCAUUUGGUGAUGAAAGUGAAUGA